AUGCCUGAUCUCUCUUUUGCGACGCCUGUGAGGUCGGAAACCCUCGACAUUUUCCACCGGGUUCAUCACACGGCGACCGACUUCUUGAGCGUUGCUGGACGAGCCCUUCAAGAAAGGGAACGCGAAGCUAACUGUAUAUUGCCCCAUGCUCUCAAAUACCGUGACAUCGAAGGAGGGGUAUCGACCCCGUUGGAGUCGAGAGCAGCCAUACACGACCCCGCCCAGCCUUUCCAUGAGCAGCUAUGGAUUACUGUGUGGUCCCAGCGCUCGUAUUCAUCCUCCCCUUCCCUAGACUUGGUGGCCACUAUCACCCAUUCUGAAAUCGACAAUCUCCCUAUAUUUCUUUGGUCUUCGACCGACACCUCCCAACUUACGAAAUCCUACUUGGCACCACGCUUUAACGUCAUUGUGAGAUCCAUGCUCUCCCAAAUUCCAGCAACCCGCGUGUUUUCAGUGUUUGGGCCUAAUAUCUUGACCAAAUCGUUCGCUGCUGCGUGGACUGCUGCAACGGGCAGUCACCCCUACCCGCGGCCCUAUUAUGAAGCAGCCCUUACAUUUGUCACGCGAGAGACAUUACGGGAAGAGGACAAGACGCGUCCGGCGCGGCAGCGCUAUCCCUUCCUCAUUCGACGCGCUACGCUCGCAGAUAUCCCAGCUGUCGCUGAUCAAUGCUACGAAUUUGCGUAUGGGUCCGAUUUCGAGCUUUCGCCCGAUGACUCUGUGCGUGAAGCCUCAAUUUACGUCAAACGUGGUCAGAUGUACGUGUGCGAAGUCGAGCUGCCUAAUGGUGAACGCCAUAUGGCCUCCAUUUGUGCCGUCACACGGAACACUGCCCGAAAUGCCACCAUCUCCAAAGUUCAUACGUCUUCCGGAUUCCGUAGUAUGGGAUACGCUGAGACUCUCGUCAGACGAGUGUGUCAUCGAUUACUGCACGAGAAAGAGAGCCGUUUCGGUCGAGCACCCCUGGACUUCGAACCAUACGAUGCUGUAGCUCUUUAUGUUGCACAUGAGAACAUUGCCGCAUCCACGGUUUACGAUCGCGUGGGUUUCCAGGGACUCAGAGGGAAGGCGCGUCCCCAUGGAGUAGAAGAUGUGUUGGAAUUGGGUUUCGAAAAUUCCAUCAAGGGGUAUUGGUAA